GUGAUUUAUUAUGACCAUCGUUUGAUCGGACUUGAGCUAAAUGCAACAGAAUACGGUGGAGUUUAGGUAGCUCCACAAAGCUUGGCUGUCUUCUACUCCCUGAAAGUGGGCUCAAAACAGAUAGGGAGACUGACAAAGCCUGAAGGGGAAGAUGGCGAGCUGGUCUGUUGAAAAUGCGACUGGAGCCUAUCUCCGAGCAGUAAAAAUGACAAAAGGUGCCAAGGAGCCAGAUGCAGCGGAGUUCAUUUCGGCACUUGCUGCUGGCAACAAUGCACAACUUAUGGUUAUUGCGAGUGCAAGUGCGGCUGAUUCAAUCACACUGGCCCUGGUAGCUGCUGCGUUGCAAACUGGUGGUCAAGUCAUAUGCAUUGUUCGUGGAGUUCAUGAACAACACUCCUCAGAAAUAGCCCUCGGCGAUAGUGCAAUACAUGUCAAGUUUGUUAUUGGUGACGCCCUAAAUUUACUCUGCAACGACUAUAGAGAAGCUGAUUGCAUUCUUAUAGACUGUUAUCUCGAGAAUUGUCAGCGUAUUCUUGAAACUGUGCAAGUGAUUAGCAGGAAUGCUAUUGUUAUUGCAUACCAUGCAUGUUCCAUGGGCUCAUGGAGGUGCCCGCAGGGGUUGAAAGCUCAUUUGUUGCCCAUAGGAGAAGGCUUGCUAGUAACCAAGAUAGCUGAAAAUGUCAACAAGAGUAAUAGAUCUGCUGUUUCAGGCAAGAAGAGGCGUUGGCUGGUUAAAAUUGACAAAUACACAGGUGAAGAGCAUGUGUUUCGGGUUUAAUCUUCCUGGGAACUAGUUGCACUUCAGCUCUCCAAAGCUUGUACUCGGUGGUGGCUGUUCAUUUUGUAUUUACCAAAAAUCAAAUAAGAUAAAGAGAACUGAUAUUAGAGAUGACACGGAUUUGCUUAAGCUUAAUUGAUAACAAAAUGCG